CCACAAGAUCGGGCACAUGUCCGGCCGGUUCGAUCCGAACCGGACGUCCAAGGCGCCGCUCACCAAGGCCCAGGUGGCCAGCCGGGUGAACCACAUCACCAAGGCGAACUUGGCGGAGGACUGGAGCUACGGGCUGGCGCCCUGCGACAGGAACCAUCCACCGGCGCGGGUUUUUGAGCGCCAGAACGCCGAGGACGGCGACCUGGCGACGAAGAGGUGGACGCCGGAUCUCGUCGAUCCGGCUGACCAAGCCGGCGACCAUGCCGGCGACGACGAUCUGCCGCAGGCGCCUGAUCUAGGCGGCCAGGGGGAGCACAAUCCGCCCCCUUCACCAGAGCACCAGGAGGAGGAGGAGGAGCCGGCGACGUCCGGCACGGGGCCAAUCCCCGCCGUGCCUCUGCGCUCGAGGCCGCCAAGCACCACGGCGACUUCGGCGCCCAAGGGCACGAAGCGAGCCGGCUCCACCGCCGCCUUGGAGGCGAAGGCGAAGAAACAGCGCCGGCAGCAGCCGAAGAAGGUCCCGGAGCAAGCCGGGGCCCCUAUCAAGUUUGCUCAGGGCGGCGGCUCCCGGCAAGCUCCACGCGUGGUGUCGCCGCUUCCGCGCCAGAGGAGGGAGCAGACGCCGCAACCUUCCUCGCGCGCACCUACGCCGCCGCCGCCUGCGACAGGGGCUUCUUCCUUUGCCGUGCCGGGGCGCCCGGGCGCCGGAGACAACUCGGGCCGGCUGGGCCAUCCGCUGCGCCCGGAGCGACGCCGCCGCCUCGGCCGACGAGGGACGAGGUAA